CUGAACCCCCUUCCCCAAAUCCCCCAUCCCAAGCCCCCCACUCCACAAUGAUUUUGCUGAGCUGCUUCCUGCACCUGCGGCCCCGGCGCUGCGGCCCCUUGGCCGGGCUGGGCAGGGGGCUCGGUCCCGCAGCGGGGUCCCGCAGGGCCCUGCGGGUGCUGGUGGACAUGGACGGGGUGCUGGCCGACUUCGAGGGAGGCUUCCUCAAGAAAUUCAGGGCCAGGUACCCAGACAAGCCCUACAUUGCCCUGGAGGACCGGAGGGGCUUCUGGGUGUCGGAGCAGUACGGGCGCCUGGGACCCGAGCUGAGUGAGAAAGCCAUCAGCAUCUGGGAAUCCAAGAACUUCUUCAUCGAGCUGGAUCCUCUCCCUGGGGCUGUGGAAGCUGUGAAGCAAAUGGCAAAUUUGGCAGACACUGAUGUGUUCAUCUGCACCAGCCCAAUCAAGAAGUACCGGUACUGCCCUUACGAGAAGUAUGCCUGGGUGGAGAAGCACUUUGGUCCUGAAUUUCUUGAACAGAUUGUUUUGACACGAGAUAAGACGGUGGUUUCUGCUGAUCUGCUUAUAGAUGACAGACCUGAUAUAACAGGGGCAGAGCAGAACCCCACCUGGGAGCACGUGCUCUUCACUGCCUGCCACAACAAACACCUGCAGCUGAAGCCCCCCAGCCGCCGGCUGCACUCCUGGUCUGAUGACUGGAGAGCCAUUCUGGACAGCAAACGCCUCCCACCAAGCCAGGCCACCUAAACACCAGCCCCCAGGGCCCCCUGGAGCUGCAGCACCUGCCUGUGUCCGUGUGAGUGCUGCUGAAGGCCAGAAGCACGGAUGGACAGACAGACAGACACUGUUCCUGCUGCAGAGAGGAAGAGGAGGGUGAGCUGAAGCACCACAGCCAGCUGGACUUGUAAAACAGACCCCAGCCCAGCCCUGCAACAGCAGGAUUGUACCUGUGGACCUCUCAGCCUGGCUGGGGGGCAUUUCCCACUGGCUCCCGGGGUCUCUGUGCUGCAUCUGCACCCCCCACAGGGCCAGCCUGGUGUUUGUGAUGGACAAGGUCACCCUCAGUGUGUCACUGCCCUCGCCUGGUGCACUGCAUGGCACAGACCAGCUCUCCAUCCUCCUCUCUGCAUUGUGGUCAGGGAUCAUGCAUGUGGUUUGUUCAGUCCUUGCAGGGUUUCAUCCCAAGGAGCUGCCUCAGGAGGUCUUUCCCACUGGCAGUGCCUGGAUCUGGGGAGAGGGGUGGAAGGGCAGGGAGAGCAGGCAGGUGCUGCCCAGGCUCUCUGCACUGGGGUUGUGUUGGUGGAGAAUUCUCACAAGCACAUCCAUGGAUGCUGUUUGCAGUUCUCACAUACUGCAAGGGAAGAUGCUGGGGGGAUGUUGCUGUUAAAGGCUGGGGAGCUGUGCUGUUUUCAGCCAGGGUAGAGUUAAUUUUCUUCACAGAAAAUACAGCCCCAUACAAGCCACUGUGAAAAAAUUAUCUCUACCCUGGGCCAAAACCAGCAUGGGAACCCAUGAGAGGUGCCCACAAGGUGUAUCACAGGGUAAUUCUGCAGCUCCACCACAGUCCCAGCUCUGGAUGUCUGGGGACAGAGCAUGCUGCCAGCCCCACUGCCCUGGUUCUGGGACCCUGCAGAGAGGUGUUCAGUGCCUGGCUGGUGCAAAGGGGUCACAGCACACGCAGCUGUACCAGGCCACCUCUGCCAGGGGACAGUGCAGGGGCUGCUGAGAAGCUGCAAUUGGCCACCAAAGAGGGUGGAUUUAGACCAAGGUGCAGCUCCAAGAGGGAUGUUUUUGGUACAGCUCUGCCACAGCCUCUUUCUCCCUUGUUUGUCUCAUUUUUGCUUUGCUGAUCCUGCACCAGUCUGGCCUUGAACUUCAUUGAUCUGUCUGGCAUGAGAAAGCUGCUGCUGCUGCUGCUGCUGCUGCUGCCUCUUCCCAGCAUCAGAGAGACAUCCCAGCUGCUGGGAGAGCCUGGCAUCCCCUCCCUGCCUGUGGCACUGCCACAGGGCAGCCACAGCCCAGCUGUCCCAGGGGGACAAGCAAAGCCCCAGUGUGAGCUGGGUGUGUCACUGCUGCCACCACAGAGGCCAUCGGUCCCCGUUGCUGUGUGUCCCCACACUGUCCAGAAUCCCACUGCCCUCCUGGCCCAAGGACUUGCUGGCUGCAGCAGUAAAAUUCCCCACCUGAACACAUAACCCCACAGGCAGAGGUGGGAGCCAGGGCUUGGUGCUCUGCUCCAUGCUCACACCUUUGGUUUGCCUCUCCCCUCUCCUGUCAGUACCCAUCAGCAAAAGUACAUGAACUUAAAACUAAAUAACCAACAAUGUAAUUCAGCAGUGGCAGCCAGACCCUUCCUGUACCAAGCACCUGGAGGGGUUCUGGAGUUGGUGCUUUGGAACCUGUGCCUUCCCUGGGUGCUGCAGGGCCAGGGAUGGGGCCAGUGUCCACUUAGGGCUUGCCCUGUUACUUGGGAUGGGGAGAGUUUACAAAGUUGGCAUGGUUGGCCCAGGGCAGUGGGGCUUACAUACCACAAGCAUCUUUUUUCUUUCUUUUUUUUUUUUCAUUUUUUUCCUGUUUAAACCACUGUGUGCUUCUCUGAGUGCUGGGUUUGGUUUGGAGGGGUCUGUUUGGGAUGUGCAGCUGCCUGAGGUGCAGCCUCCUGGCCAAGAGCUGCCUUGGCUGGAGGGUUUGCAGGCUGGGAACUGGGACAGCAUGGGAGAACCAUGGGCAGCUGAACACCAGGAACCCCUUGGCUCCACCAGACCUCCACCAGCUGUUGGCCCCUCUGUGCAGCCAGGGUGACUUCAUGGGGUCCAAGCUGGUUUUUUUUCCUAAUGGUACCAUGUAACUAUGAGCUGCCUGAGCUCCCCAGAGCCUUCUCCCUACUCAUUGAGCCAAAACAAGCUGGCACAUCGGUCCAGCAGCUGCCCAAAGCUGUCAUCUUCCCCCGAGGCUGGGGCAGACCCCAGGAUGAGGCUCUCUGGGGCCAGCAGGACUUUUCCCCGUGGUGAAGUGUGAUGCCAGAGAGACCAUGCGGGUUCACACCAAAUAUACUUGAAAGCAGAGCUGGAGUUUCUCAUGCCUGAGGCUCCAGCUCCAUGCACAGAGCUCCUGAGCUGGCAGCUGGACUGUUUGCUGCCACACUCAGGACUGGGAGGUGACUCCAUCACCGACGGAUCGGCCCGUUCGUCGUUCAAGCCUGUCUAUGUCCAGCUGAGAUACACAGAGCUUUUAUUUUUGAAUGUACAUCUAUAAACCUGAAGCAAAUGAGGAGCACUGCAAUAAACACUGGGUUUGGCAUCCA